AUGGGCAAUUCUCAGGCAAAAGAGAGCCGGCCGCUUGCUUCGUCCAGUCGCCGCAGUCAUCACCAUGGCCCAUACGGUGACCGCCACCAUGGUGAUGGUUCCAGGUCGAAUCGGGGUAGCCGGCCCGAUCUGUCCCUGCUCGGAAUAGGCGGAAGUUCAGAGCGAGAUUUGGCCACGCUCGAACAUCGACGAGAAACAAGGCAGGAACGAGAGGCUCGCCGGCUAGAGAAAGAGCGGGUAGCUCGGCUCAAGGAGCGGGAGCGUAGUAUGAGAGAAGAACAUGUGGACGGUGGUUAUCUGGUGACCCAGGGUGUCUAUACGGGCCCAGAGGAUUUCAACAAGGCUGUGGUGCGACAGCUAAUGAUCGAACGACGACUUGCGCCGUUUUGGAGAGGACUAAAUGACUUCUCGGACUCGUGGACAGAGCACCAGCUUAUGGCUGCGGCGCGUGGUCUUCCCAUUCCCCCUCCCGACGAGAUCCCCCCUGAGCUGGAAUAUAAGAACCCACCCAAGGCCGCGGAAGACACAAAGGAGGCUUCGGAUUCAGCCGCCGUGCAAUAUUUGAUGGUCCCCAUAACGUCAAGAUCGCAAUCAUACGGAUCCGAUGCGUCCCAGUCUUCCACGCCCGCACAUUCCCUCCCCUCCCCAACAUCUCCUAUCGCGUCCGGCACAUCGAGCUCACCACUGUUUAGAGCGCGAGCCAAGACUCUUGCGUCGCUAACCACGCCGAAGCAUGGAAUUCAGUCUGAUGCGGCUUCACGUGAAAUGCAGUUGCCUCGUGACCCUUUUGUGAACGGACAACCCAUUGAAGCAUACCUAUAUAAGGACGCGGCGGAAUGUCCUAUCUGUUUCCUGUACUAUCCUCCGUAUCUCAAUCGGACGAGAUGUUGCGACCAGCCAAUAUGUUCCGAAUGUUUUGUUCAAAUCAAACGCCCCGACCCUCAUCCGCCGGAGCAUGGGGACUCUAACCCGGAUUCUGCUCCAGCUGAGGGUGGUGAACAGGCCGAAAGCCAAGACUGCCAGCUAGUGUCGGAACCAUCGGCGUGUCCAUUCUGUGUCCAGCCGGAGUUUGGGGUGACAUAUGCGCCCCCGCCGUUCCGGAGAGGGCUAGCGUACGCUUCUGAUCCGAGCUCGCGCCCCAAUGUGGCCUCUCCACUGUCUUCCACAUCCUCCCUAUCCUCCGGGAACACCCCCACCACCGGUCGUCGACGCGCGACCUCGUUAUCUGCAAAUGAUCCAACUGUGAUCACUACCGAUAGGAUUCGUCCCGACUGGGCUCAAAAGCUUGCCAAUGCUCGAGCUCAUGCGGCGCGGCGGUCGGCAGCAGCAACUGCCCUUCAUACUGCGGCUUACUUGAUGCACUCUAACGGUGCCGGAAAUGAGUCCCGAAUCGGUCUGGGAAGAAGAAGUGUCAUGCGGAGAAACGGCGCGCCCGAAGCCCAGAAUUCCAACGCGCGCACCGGAUCCCCGGCGCUGCAGGCGCUGGCUUUCCUCACGGAUAGGCGUGGAGCUGGCCACGAAGCCGACUCGGCGGAAGAAGGGACCGGUAACAUCGCGCCACCUCGCCAGAGCUCGAGGCGGAAUCGCAUAGAUGAUCUGGAAGAGAUGAUGAUGAUGGAGGCGAUCCGACUAAGUCUAGCAAGCGAGGAAGAGCGACGCAAGAGGGAGGAGAAAGAGGCCAAGAAAGAGGCCAAAAGAAAGGAGAAGGAAGCCAAGAAGGCAGAAAAGGUUGCGCGCAAAACCGGGCUCACCAGUAACAAUGCGAGCAGCUCCGCCUUGGAUGUGCCUCCGGAUGCGCGGCUUGGUAGGGUUACCAGCAGUUCCUCUUCCAUUGCGGCUGAGGAGCUUGUAUCGGCCGGCAAGGGUAAGGAGGUAGACCGCUCUGAACCAGCUGGUGGCUCUGCCGCUGAAGCCAGUGCUGCGGCCGAGGAAGCGCAGCCCGCGGCAGCAUCGGCAAGCGCGGUCGACCAAGCGCCGAGUAUGUCACCUCCAUCAGUGGUCCAGUCGUCAUCUAAGGAUGUCACGAGGCCUUCGCAUCUUCGGCAUGUUUCCAGCGCAUCGUCAUCGUUCUCCUCGCUGGUCGAAUCGAUGUCGGAAGAUCAUGCGGGCUCGGCUGAGGGAGCAGGCUCCUUUGCAGAGCCCCUUUACAAUUUUCGCAGCUUGGCAGCCGUGAUUGGGGAUGAAGAGAAGGGCGAUGAGGCACCCGAGCAUGUUGAAGAGACCCCGUCCCAGCCGAAUGUGGAGGGAUCAGCCUCGCAGCCGGUGGCAGAGGCAUCCGUUGCUGAGCCCGCAACCACCACCGAGGCUAAGGUACCCAUGGAGGAGCAGCGCGACAGGCUGAUGCCGAAAGAGCUGGAGACCCAAUCCGUCGAAAUUACGAGUACUACACAUGAUACGGAGGCUACGUCGUGA